AUGCACCGAGUUACCGGAAAAUGUGAACUUCAACGAAUCCUCGACAAAGCCCAACCAGGCGCUAGAACAUCCAACCAUAUUGAACACUGUUUACGCCGUUCACGAAAUGCCAAAAUCCGUGCUUUGGUUAACGAAGAUGUCGAUAUUGCCAAUAGUGUGGUUAUGCUACUACAUGCAAAAUCUAUUCCAAAUGAAAUGUGUGCUGAGAUAACUCUGCGACUUGGGCAAAUAAUUGGUUACACUCGGAUUGUAUCAAAAGUGGAAAUGGUACGACAGCGAAAACAUAAUGUGGAUAUAUCAGAAUACGAGCAUCACUUACGACAGAUCUGGAACAUUUUACAGCCAAACAUGACGCUGACAGGCAUGAAAUCCAAACAGUGGGCAGAAAUUGGAUCACUCUCUUUCUUUCUCUCUAAACCGAUCACUCUCUCUUUCUUUCUCCCUAACCCAAUCACUCUAUCUUUCUAUCACUCUCUCUUUCUGUCUUUCUCCCUAACCCGAUCACUCUCUCUUUCUGUCUUUCUCCCUAACCCGAUCACUCUCUCUUUCUUUCUCCCUAACCCGAUUACUCUCUCUUUCUUUCUCCCUAACCCGAUUACUCUCUCUUUCUUUCUUUCUAACCCGAUCACUCUCUCUUUCUGUCUUUCUCCCUAA